CGCGCCGGGGGCCAGCAUCUUCGCCACCCGCGCCCCAUGGGGUGUGCGGGCCCCCCCGGCGCUCCCUGCUACCCCGGGCGCGUCUGCCCGCUGCCGCCCGCAUCCAGCCCGGCAUGGAGACCCUGAGCAACAGCCUGAAGAAGAAAGCCACAGAGCAGCACUACAGGGCAGAGGUGAUGAUUGCUGGAGAGCAACUGAGGCUUCGCCUCCACGAUGGGAAGCUCAUUAAGGACAGACGUUACCACCUCCGAACAUACCCAAACUGUUUUGUGGCAAAGGAGCUCACAGACUGGCUGAUCGACCACAAAGAAGCACCGGAUCGGGAGACGGGCAUCCGCCUCAUGCAGAAGCUAAUGGACCAUUACAUCAUCCAUCACGUCUGCGACGAGCACUCGGACUACAAGGAUGCCAAGCUGCUGUACCGCUUCCGCAAGGAUGAUGGGACCUUCCCCCUCAGUAAGGAUGUGAAGGUGUUCAUGAGAGGGCAGAGUCUUUAUGAGAAGCUGGUGAGCAUGGACGAGUCAAUUCUGAAGGUGAGAGAGGAGAACUCGGUGAAGUACCAGAGGACUUUCCUGGGCUGUGAGAUGAUUGACUGGCUCGUUCAGGAGGGAGAAGCGGAGAACCGAAAGGAAGCGGUGGAGCUGGGACGGGCACUGCUGGAGCAUGGGAUCAUUCAGCACGUCUCCAACAGGCAUCACUUCUUUGACAGUGACAUCCUCUACCAAUUCUGGAUCAAUUUUCGACGUAGGUGUCGUCUCACAGAGUUACUCAACGAGAACUCUUCUCGCACCCUCUCCGAGAGCCCAGACAGCCCCUUUUGUCUUCGCAAGCUCAACCCAGACCCAGGCAACACCAGCUUUCUCUCUGUUCAGAAGGAGAUCAAAAUCGUCUCAGCGGUUCGAAGGAGCAGCAUCACUUCCCUUGCUGGAAACUCCAACCCCUACUUCAGCACUACUCCUACGCUGGUAUUCCCUCCCGUGGCUGAGUGCAACCCCAAAUCAGUGUUAAAGAGACCUGUCACCAAUGAAGAGCUCCUGUCCCCUGGGGCCCCCUACAUCAAGAAAACGCUAACUGUUCCUGCUGCAGAUCUGGUAUGUUGAUAUGCUCCAUCGGCGUGAGAUGGAGCAGCGCUGAACGGGGAGCAUCCGAGGGCCACUCUUGCCUUUCUUAUCAUGGGCUUGUUUUCAUGGGCAAAAUAAACACACUGCAAAAUGUGUUCAGACAACCUGAGUUUUGGGCUUUUGCUUUUCUAAUUAUUUCUAAAGAUGUAGGACUGGUCAAGGCAGGACUGGUGGGUGGCUGGGUGAGAAUGUUGCAGGAGAGUUCCUGUCCUGCAGAUCCUAUUGUGUGUGUUUAUUUUUGUGUAAAGCUUCUCAGCCCCUUCCUGCCCACAUUUGAAAGGGGGAAUCUCACAGUGUCCAGUUUAGGAAGCAUGAGGGCUGUCUUGCCAUACUGCUUUGACACAAGUGGGGUUAGAGAGGAGCUUUGGAUCAAGUUUCAAAAUUAACUGCGCUGUAGAAAUUGGCGGGAAGGAGCAAGAAAAAUAAAACUGGUGAUUAGUAUGGCA